AAAAACUAUCCCACCAAACCCAACUAAUUAAUUUUCUUUACAUUAAUUCCAAUAAAUAAAUAAUUAUUUUCACCCAACAGAAAAUCUUUACAUGCAACAUUCUCCUAACAAAACCUGACUCAUCCAUUCAUCCAUUCAUUGUAAACACUGUACCUUUCUUCUUCAUUUCUCAAACCACCCAAUCAUCAUGAUCCAAUAAUUAAUUAAUCAUAAUCAUGAUUCCAUCGUUUCUUAGUUUCGCCGGCUUAUACAACGGCUACCUCCGCCGUUGUUUCACCGGCGCCGGUCUCUUAUCUCAAGAAAUCGACAUCGACAUCGACAACGAAACAUCUCUCCAUUUUUGGGGACCAACAAACAAAUCCACACAAAAACCUUCUCUCGUUCUCAUCCACGGUUUUGGUCCUAUGGCGAUGUGGCAAUGGCGUCAACAAGUUCAAUUCCUAGCUCCACACUUCAACCUCUACGUUCCCGAUCUAAUCUUCUUUGGAGAAUCAACAACGAAAUCAAAAGAAAGAACUGAGAAUUUUCAAGCGGAAUCAGUUGGAAAAUUGUUGGAGAAGAUAGGUGUGAAAAAGUGCCACGUGGUGGGAACGAGUUAUGGUGGAAUAGUUGCGUAUAAUUUGGCGAAGAUGUUGGGAGAAGAGAAGAUUGAGAAAGUAGUUAUUGCAAGUUCUGGUGUGAAUAUGACAAAGAAUCACAACAUAGCAUUGUUGAAAAGAGCUGGAUUGGACAAAAUUGAAGAUCUUAUGUUACCUUCUUCUCCUCAACAGUUGAAAAAUUUGAUGUCACUUGCUGUCGCUAAACAAAUCCCAUUUGUGCCUAAUUUUUUCUUGAGGGACUUUUUAAGGAGAUUAUACUCAGAUAAUAGGAAGGAAAAGAUGGAGCUUCUAAAUGGAUUGUCCAUAGGAAAGGUUGAUACUUCAAACAUUUCACCUCUUCAACAGGAAGUUCUCGUAUUGUGGGGGGAAGAUGACAAUAUAUUUCCCGUGCAGAUGGCUCAUGAAUUGAAGGAGGUAAUAAGUAAAAAGGCAAGACUGGAAUUGAUAAAGGAGGCAUCUCACGUGCCACAAAUUGAAAAGCCAGAGGAAUUCAACAAUAUUAUCCUAAAUUUCUUACAACCGAAAUCUUGAUUGUUUUUUUCUUUCUUUUCUGCGAGUCAUGAUUAUGUUUCGUAUAUUCCUUCAAAAAAUUAUUGUUUCGUAUUCAUUACUAUAUUUUUGUGAAAUUGUUAUUAUA